UAUUUUGUAUAGUUGUUAUUUUAUAUCUUAAAAAAAUAGUAAAUUUAAGAUGGGAAAUAUAUAUACAGUUGGUCCUAAUGAAGCAUUGGUAGUUUCAGGAGGUUGUUUUGGUCAAAGAAAUAAAAGAACUAUUGUUGGUGGAUGGGCAUGGGCUUGGUCAUGUGUAACAGAUGUGCAAUCUAUUUCUCUUGAAGUCAUGACUUUAAAUCCUCGCUGCGAUAAAGUUGAAACAGCAAAAGGUGUGGCUGUUACAGUUACAGGAGUUGCUCAAGUGAAAAUCAUUAAAGAGGAUGAGUUGCUCAAGACAGCAUGUGAACAGUUUUUAGGAAAACAGCCAAGAGAUAUUGAAAAUAUACUUCUUCAAACUCUUGAGGGUCAUUUGCGAGCCAUUCUGGGUACACUAACUGUAGAAGAAAUAUACAAGGAUCGAGAUACAUUUGCAACAUUAGUACGUGAAGUAGCUUCUCCUGAUGUGGGACGUAUGGGCAUCGAAAUUUUAAGUUUUACAAUAAAAGAUAUUGUUGAUGAUGUAAAUUACUUAAACUCUUUGGGUAAGACUCAGACAGCUAAUGUAAAGAAAGAGGCAGACAUAGGUGUUGCAGAAGCAAACAAAAAUGCUGGUAUUAGGGAAGCAGAAAGUGAUCGAUUACGUCAAAAUGCUCGUUAUAAAGCGGAUACAUCUAUAGCUGAUUCUUCUAGAGAGUAUCAAAUGCAAAAAGCGUCUUUUGAUCAAGAAGUAAAUGCAAAAAAUGCUGAAGCUGAACUGGCUUAUCAAUUACAGGCUGCAAAAGAAAAGCAAAGGAUACGAAAUGAGGAAAUACAGAUAGAAGUUAUUGAGCGAAGAAAACUCAUUGAAGUAGAAGAAAAAGAAAUUGAGCGCAAAGAGACUGAAUUACAAUCAACUGUUAAGUCUCCUGCUGAAGCUGAAAGUUAUAGAGUGCAAGCACGUGCAGAGGCUGAAAAAACCAAAAAAGUCUAUGCUGCUCAAGCAGAAGCUGAGAGAAUCAAAAUGAUUGGUGCAGCAGAAGCAGCUGCAAUGGAAGCAAUAGGAAAGGCUGAAGCAGAACGUAUGCGACAGAAAGCAGCAGCAUAUAAACAAUAUGGCAAUGCAGCUCUUAUGUCCCUAAUCUUAGAAGCAAUGCCAAAGAUUGCUGCUGAAAUUGCUGCACCACUUGGGAAAACGGAGGAAAUUCUAAUAAUAAACGACGAUGAAGGAGGAAGCAAGGUUGGAAGUGAACUUACCAAGCUAAUUGGUCAGUUACCACCUACUAUACAAGCUCUUACCGGCGUUGAUUUGUCUAAAGCUUUUAGCAAGAUUCCAGGAGCACAAGUCGUUUGUUAAUCGUUAGCAGUAUUUCUACUACAAUAAAACUUUUAACUAAACUUAUAAUACUGCACUUAAAAAACGCUUUUAAAAUUAAAUUUUUUUUUUUCUGGUUAUGAAUUAAGUGAUGAUUCAUAUCAUUAAAGCACAAAAUCAAGAAUUCGAACUUUAUAAAUAUUUACCGUACUGGUCAAUUUUAAACUAUGUUUCUUAAAUUAAUAGGGGAGCUCUUGACCGAAAACUUUUGAUAUAGCUCAAAAAACAAAUUCCUGGACUCUUCGGGGCUACAGCCUUAAGUCUUCAAUCCGCUACCCGCACUUUAAGAAUCAAAGGCUUUUGCGGUUAUGGCUUUUUCCUUCUUUUUUUGUCUCACGUUUUUCAUUUGUUUCUCAGUGUAAAAAAUUUAUUUUAAUGCAACAAAAUUGAAUUAAUUUAUAAUUUAUGUGUGCUAAGUUAAUGUUUUGUGGUAUUUGUAAAUAAUGUAUGAACUGUAUUUUUUUAUAUUU